AUGUCUCUGCUGUGCGUCGGAGUCAAAAAAGCCAAGUUUGAUGGUGCCCAAGAGAAGUUCAACACCUACGUGACCCUGAAGGUGCAGAACGUGAAGAGCACUACCAUCGCUGUGAGAGGCAGCCAGCCCAGCUGGGAGCAGGACUUCAUGUUCGAGAUCAACCGCCUGGACCUGGGCCUGACGGUGGAGGUGUGGAACAAGGGUCUCAUCUGGGACACGAUGGUGGGCACCGUGUGGAUCCCGCUGCGGACCAUCCGUCAGUCCAAUGAGGAGGGCCCGGGAGAGUGGCUGACACUGGACUCUCAGGCCAUCAUGGCGGACAGCGAGAUUUGUGGGACCAAGGAUCCCACUUUCCACCGCAUCCUUCUGGACGCACAUUUUGAGCUGCCCUUGGACAUCCCUGAGGAGGAGGCUCGGUACUGGGCCAAGAAGCUGGAGCAGCUGAAUGCCAUGCGUGACCAGGACGAGUACUCCUUCCAGGACCAGCCGGACAAGCCGUUGCCUGUGCCCAGCAGCCAGUGUUGUAACUGGAAUUACUUCGGCUGGGGGGAACAGAACGACGACCCCGACAGUGCCGUGGAUGACCGGGACAGUGACUAUCGGAGUGAGACUAGCAACAGCAUCCCGCCGCCCUACUACACGACAUCGCAGCCCAACGCGUCUGUGCACCAGUACUCCGUGCGGCCACCUCCCCUGGGGUCCCGGGAGUCCUACAGCGACUCCAUGCAUAGUUAUGAGGAGUUCUCAGAGCCGCGGGCACUCAGCCCCACAGGCAGCAGCCGCUACGCAUCCUCCGGGGAGCUGAGCCAGGGCAGUUCACAGCUGAGUGAGGACUUUGACCCCGACGAACGCAGCCUGCAGGGCUCAGAGCUGGAUGAUGAAAGGGACCGCGACUCCUACCAUUCCUGCCACAGCUCUGUGAGCUACCACAAGGACUCACCCCACUGGGACCAGGAGGAGGAGGAUUUGGAAGAUGAGGAUCUGGAGGAGGAGGAGGAGGAGGAGGAGGAGGAGGAGGAGGAGGAGCAGGAGGAGUUGGAAGAGUUGGAGGAGGAGGAGUUGGAGGAGGAGGAGGAGGUGCCCGAUGACCUGGCUAGCUAUGCCCAGCAGGAGGACACCAGUGUGGCUGAACCCAAAGAGUUCAAGCGCAUCAGCUUCCCACCAGCUGCACCUCAGAAGGAUGACAAGGUCCCAGCUGUGCCCACAGAAGCCCCUGACGUGGCCAAGGGCAUCCCCAAGCCUGCCACGCCUGAAGAGAGGGCGGCAGCAGAGCAUGCACAGGAAGCCGAGCCCCCCAAGGCUGAAGAGAGUUUCAGGUCUCGAGAGGAUGAGGAGGGCCAGGAAGGGCAGGAUGCCAUGUCCAGGGCCAAAUCUAACUGGCUGCGAGCUUUCAACAAGGUGCGGAUGCAGCUGCAGGAGGCCCGAGGAGAAGGAGAGAUGUCCAAGUCUCUAUGGUUCAAAGGCGGCCCAGGUGGCGGCCUCAUCAUCAUUGACAGUAUGCCAGACAUCCGGAAGCGGAAGCCCAUUCCCCUCGUGAGCGACCUGGCUAUGUCGCUGGUGCAGUCGCGGAAGGCGGGCAUCACCUCGGCCUUGGCCUCCAGCACGUUGAACAAUGAGGAGCUGAAAAACCAUGUUUACAAGAAGACCCUGCAAGCCUUAAUCUACCCCAUCUCCUGCACCACGCCGCACAACUUCGAGGUGUGGACGGCCACCACGCCCACCUACUGCUACGAGUGCGAGGGGCUGCUGUGGGGCAUCGCGCGGCAGGGCAUGCGCUGCACCGAGUGUGGCGUUAAGUGCCACGAGAAGUGCCAGGACCUGCUCAACGCGGACUGCCUGCAGCGGGCGGCGGAGAAGAGUUCCAAGCAUGGCGCCGAAGAUCGCACGCAGAACAUCAUCAUGGUGCUGAAGGACCGCAUGAAGAUCCGCGAGCGCAACAAGCCCGAGAUCUUCGAGCUGAUCCAGGAGAUCUUCGCCGUCACCAAGAGCGCCCACACACAGCAGAUGAAGGCUGUCAAGCAAAGCGUGCUGGACGGCACGUCCAAAUGGUCCGCCAAAAUCAGCAUCACGGUGGUCUGUGCCCAGGGCUUGCAGGCCAAGGACAAGACGGGAUCCAGUGAUCCAUACGUCACCGUCCAGGUUGGGAAGACCAAGAAAAGGACAAAGACUAUCUAUGGGAACCUGAACCCGGUGUGGGAAGAGAACUUCCACUUUGAGUGUCACAACUCCUCCGACCGGAUCAAAGUGCGCGUCUGGGACGAAGAUGACGACAUCAAAUCUCGCGUGAAACAGAGGUUUAAGAGGGAGUCUGACGACUUCCUGGGGCAGACCAUCAUCGAGGUGCGGACGCUCAGCGGCGAGAUGGAUGUGUGGUACAAUCUGGACAAGAGGACAGACAAGUCCGCUGUGUCGGGGGCCAUUCGGCUUCACAUCAGUGUGGAGAUCAAAGGCGAGGAGAAGGUGGCACCGUACCAUGUCCAGUACACCUGUCUGCAUGAGAACCUGUUCCACUUCGUGACGGACGUGCAGAACAACGGUGUGGUGAAGAUCCCUGAUGCCAAAGGCGAUGACGCCUGGAAGGUUUACUAUGAUGAAACAGCCCAGGAGAUCGUGGAUGAGUUUGCCAUGCGCUAUGGCGUGGAGUCCAUCUACCAAGCCAUGACCCACUUUGCCUGCCUCUCCUCCAAGUACAUGUGCCCUGGGGUCCCUGCUGUCAUGAGCACCCUGCUGGCCAACAUCAACGCCUACUACGCCCACACCACCGCCUCCACCAACGUGUCUGCCUCUGACCGCUUCGCCGCCUCCAACUUCGGGAAAGAGCGCUUUGUGAAACUUCUGGACCAGCUACACAACUCCCUGAGGAUCGACCUGUCCAUGUACCGGAACAACUUCCCGGCCAGCAGCCCGGAGCGUCUGCAGGACCUCAAGUCCACGGUGGACCUCCUCACCAGCAUCACCUUCUUCCGAAUGAAGGUUCAGGAGCUGCAGAGCCCGCCACGCGCAAGCCAGGUGGUGAAGGACUGUGUGAAGGCCUGCCUCAACUCCACCUACGAGUACAUCUUCAAUAACUGCCAUGAACUCUAUGGCCGCGAGUACCAGACGGACCCGGCCAAGAAGGGGGAGGUCCCCCCUGAGGAGCAGGGCCCCAGCAUCAAGAACCUGGACUUCUGGUCCAAGCUGAUCACACUCAUUGUGUCCAUCAUCGAGGAGGAUAAGAAUUCCUACACGCCGUGCCUGAACCAGUUUCCCCAGGAGCUUAAUGUGGGAAAGAUCAGUGCUGAGGUGAUGUGGAGCCUGUUUGCUCAAGACAUGAAGUACGCCAUGGAGGAGCAUGACAAACACCGGCUGUGCAAGAGCGCCGACUACAUGAACCUGCACUUCAAGGUCAAGUGGCUGUACAACGAGUACGUGGCCGAGCUACCUGCCUUCAAGGACCGGGUGCCCGAGUACCCCGCGUGGUUCGAACCUUUCGUCAUCCAGUGGUUGGAUGAGAAUGAAGAGGUGUCCCGGGAUUUCCUGCAUGGCGCACUGGAGCGCGACAAGAAGGAUGGGUUCCAGCAGACAUCAGAGCACGCCCUGUUCUCCUGCUCUGUGGUGGACGUCUUCUCCCAGCUCAAUCAGAGCUUCGAGAUCAUCAAAAAGCUAGAGUGUCCCGACCCGCAGAUCGUGGGCCACUACAUGCGGCGCUUCGCCAAGACCAUCAGCAAUGUGCUUCUGCAGUACGCCGACAUCGUCUCCAAGGAUUUCGCCUCCUACUGCUCCAAGGAGAAAGAGAAAGUGCCCUGCAUCCUCAUGAACAACACCCAGCAGCUACGGGUGCAGCUGGAGAAGAUGUUCGAGGCGAUGGGUGGGAAGGAGCUGGACGCCGAGGCCAGUGGCACCCUGAAGGAGCUGCAGGUGAAACUCAACAAUGUCCUGGAUGAGCUCAGCCACGUGUUCGCCACCAGCUUCCAGCCGCACAUCGAGGAGUGUGUCAAACAGAUGGGCGACAUCCUGAGCCAGGUGAAGGGCACAGGCAACGUGCCUGCCAGCGCCUGCAGCAGCGUGGCCCAGGAUGCAGACAACGUGCUACAGCCCAUCAUGGACCUGCUGGACAGCAACCUCACGCUGUUUGCCAAAAUCUGUGAGAAGACGGUUCUGAAGCGUGUGCUGAAGGAGCUGUGGAAGCUCGUGAUGAACACCAUGGAGAAGACCAUCGUCCUGCCGCCGCUCACAGACCAGACGAUGAUUGGCACCCUCUUGAGAAAACAUGGCAAGGGCCUAGAAAAGGGCAGGGUGAAACUGCCAAGCCACUCAGACGGAACACAGAUGAUCUUCAAUGCCGCCAAGGAGCUGGGUCAGCUGUCCAAACUCAAGGAUCACAUGGUACGUGAAGAAGCCAAGAGUCUCACCCCGAAGCAGUGCGCGGUGGUGGAACUGGCCCUGGACACCAUCAAGCAAUACUUCCACGCGGGGGGCGUGGGCCUCAAGAAGACCUUCCUGGAGAAGAGUCCGGACCUCCAGUCCCUGCGCUACGCCUUGUCGCUCUACACGCAGGCCACCGACCUGCUCAUCAAAACCUUCGUGCAGACGCAGUCCUCGCAGGGCUCGGGUGUGGAAGACCCUGUAGGUGAAGUGUCCGUCCACGUGGAGCUGUUCACGCACCCGGGAACUGGGGAACAGAAAGUCACAGUGAAGGUGGUGGCUGCCAACGACCUCAAGUGGCAGACUUCUGGCAUCUUCCGUCCCUUCAUCGAGGUCAACAUUGUUGGACCUCAGCUCAGCGACAAGAAGCGCAAGUUCGCCACCAAAUCCAAAAACAACAGCUGGGCACCCAAGUACAACGAGAGCUUCCAGUUCUCCCUGAGCGCGGACGCGGGCCCCGAGUGCUACGAGCUGCAGGUGUGCGUGAAGGACUACUGCUUCGCGCGCGAGGACCGGACGGUGGGGCUGGCGGUGCUGCAGCUGCGGGAGCUGGCCCAGCGCGGGAGCGCCGCGUGCUGGCUGCCGCUCGGCCGCCGCAUCCACAUGGACGACACGGGGCUCACGGUGCUGCGCAUCCUGUCGCAGCGCAGCAACGACGAGGUGGCCAAGGAGUUCGUUAAGCUCAAAUCGGACACGCGCUCGGCCGAGGAGGGCGGGGCCGCGCCUGCGCCCUAGCGCGAGUUAGGGUGGGGCGGGGCCUGGGAACGGACACGGCCCCGCCCCGUAGGCCCCGCCCUCUCCAGAGGCCACGCCCCUCCACCUCAGUGGCCUUGGCUGGGGAGGCCCUGCCCCCUGCCCCUGGAAAAGCCAUAGAGGGUCCGGUGCCCAGGGCAUGGGCUGGCAGGGCUGCCUGGGAGGCCGGGACGCAGCCUCCGGUGUCUGUGCAAAAAAGUGCGGAUGGGCUCUCAAAAGCACACGCGCCCUCCCUUGGGCGGGCGCACACCCGGGGCUGAGGGCGCCCCUCCACGCGGACCCGCCCUCAGCGCAGCGCACCCACUGGCAGCUGGAGACCCCUGCUCGUGCCACGCACGGUGGGCUGAGCGCCGACGGAUGGCCCGGCCCCCAUCGCUGCUAAAUACCCUUCUCCCCAAUUCUUCCCCGAGGGCCCCCGGGCCAGGGUCCCCGUUGAACCCUCAGGCUGCCAAACAAGAUCCCUGUCCUUCCUCCGGGGACUUCAGUCCGAACCCGCCUAGAGCCUAGAGUCCCGUCGAGAUGAGGGGUUCGGGAUUUCCCUGGAGCCAGGUGCCCCCACCCCUUGUCCGUUCUCCAAAUCCAAGCAGGAAAGAACAGAAAGAGACCAGAGACUAGGAGGCUGGGAGGGAGAAUAUGAACGUGCAUUUUGAGUGUCCUGUGCUUGGGCAGAUGGACGACCCUUUUCUGAUUGGCACGAUCGGUGACUGGGCAUUCAGAACCAAAGGGUGGGAUGCGGGCUCCAUCCAGGGACAGGGGAGCUCAGACUGCAUGCUGUAGUAUGUUGUCGGGGGACUGGCAGUCCGGAUGGUACUGGAGCUGGGGAGGAGUGACUCACACUUUAGGACGUCAGACGUGGCUAAAGGGGAGGGUUCUGGCCAGAGAUCAGCCACAGAAAGUUUCUAAAUUGCUGGCAAGAAUGUGAAGUGGGGGUUUGUGUGACUGAAGGGCAAAUCAAUCUCUCUCUCUCUCUCUCUCUCUCUCUCUCUC